AUGAAAAACGAAAUAAUCAUCCUUUUUUUGUUGUUAAUAGCUAGACCAUUGCAAGCAGAAAAUGGUUUUCAACUUUUUGAUCAAAAGGGAGAUAUUUCUUUUGAUAAUGUCAAAGUUAAUCUCAAAAAAAUAUAAAAAAAAUAAAUAGAACCUCAAGAAUCUGUAAAAGAAGUUCCUAAAUAAUAACAAACAGGAAAAUCAUAAAAAGAGUUAUUAGAGGAAUAAUUGCAAUAAAUAGAAAAAUAUAAACCUUCAAAUAUAACUGUUGAAGGAGGUAGAGUAUUCACAUAAUCAUAAUAAAAUUUAUAAAAAGAAAUGGAUGAAAAUUCUGAGAUUGAUGAAUAAACUGAGAGUUAUGAUGAUGAUGAAAAUGAUCAGGAAGAUGAGGUUCUUUUAGCAAUCUAAUAAAUAUCAGCAGAUGCUUAACUAGAUGCAAUUGAAUUUAUUUUUAAAAAACGGCAGAUAGAUUAUUAAAGAAUGAAAAACCUUAUAUAAAUGAUUGAUUAAUAAGAAAUUAAUGUAAAAAUGAAUGAAAUUUAUGAAUUAAGUUCUAAAUACUCAUUUUUAUAAGUGUUUUAAUAAAUUAUAAGUGAAUUACACAUAGAGUUUAAUGAAGAAAAGGAGGAAUAUACAAAUGAAGAUGAAUCAUUAGAUAGUAGUGAUAAUAUAGAUGAAUAAAGUGAUAAUGAAAUUGAUACAAAUUAAUUUAAUGAUUUAUAGACAGAUUUUGCAUUUGAUGAUUUAAUUGAUUUUGAUGAUGAUGAAAUAUAAAAUGAAAAAUCUGAUGAUUAAGAAGAGACUAGCCAAGAUUAAUUAGAUGAUUUUGAUUUUUAUGAUUCUGAUUCUACUUCAGAUGAUCUCUAUAAUUAAGAACUUGACACAUUAGAAUUAGAUGAUUCCUAAUUCUAAAUUCAAAAUUCACUUAUUACUGAUAGCUAAGUAAAUUAAUUAAUUACAGAAGAAGAAGCUAUUAUUCAAGAAGUAGAAGAAUUAUUUACAGAAGAAGAAGAAGAACAUAUACUAAAUUUUUUUGAUUUUUCAAAAUAAUAAUAGCAUACAGAAGAAGAUUUAGUAUAUUCUGAAUUUGAAGAAUUGAUAGAAUAAAGUUAUUCUGAAGAAGAAGAAGAAGAAGAAGAAGAAUUUCAUUCAAAUAUGUAAUCUUGAUAAAUUGAUCUUAGUUAAGAUGUUAUUUCGAACUAGCAAGAACAAUCUGAUAACAAUGAAAACAUUUAAUAACCACUACAAGUUGAUAAUCUAAUGUUACUAUAAAAGGUUGAAGACAUAAUCUUGAGUAAGGAAGAGUAAAAUUAAACAUAUAUUGAUGAAAAUAUACCAAUGGCUGUUUUAAACUUUUAAGAUAAUGAAGAUGAUAUAUCUGAAGUAAAAUUGCAAAAGGAAUUUGAAUUUAACACAAAGAAAUUUGAUAAUAUCAAUAAAGAUUUAAGUUCAUUAUAAGCUUAAUUUAAUAUAUCAAAUGAAAAUUUAGAUUUAAUUAAUCAAAAGUAUGAAUAAAUGAAUUAAAUAUUUAAUUAAGAAACUUAAAUUGAAGAUAAUGAUUCAAUUUCAAAAGAAUAAUAAUAAUAAUAAUCAUAAUAAUAACCUUAAUUUAUAUAAAUUUCAUAAUAAACUGAAGAAAGUUAAGAAAAAUAAUCAGAUAGUAAUAAUGAUUAAGAAAAUACAAAUUAAAAUGAAGAAUCUAAACAUGAAUAAGAAAUUAGUAAUGAGAAUAUAAAUAAAGUAGAAUCAAUUGAUAAUAAUAUACAAGAGAAUAAUGUAGAAAAACCUAAAUAAUCUGAUUAAAAACCUAUAAUAGAAUAAUAAAAAAAAGAUGAAUAAGUUUAAUAAGAAUAUAAAUAAACUUAAAAACAAUAAAUUCCUAUGAGUAAACCUGCAUAACCACAUGAGUUAGAAUUUGAGAAAUCACAAUAGAAAUAAUAAAAAUCUGAUGAUGAAAUUGCAUAAGAUAAAGAAAUGAAAGCUAGAGCUCGUUAUGCUAAGAGGUAUUAGGCUUUGGAUGUGGCAAAUGAUGAAUAGAAAAAGAAAGAAUAAGAUGAAACUCACCAUGUAGACGUUGAAAAAAGCAUUGAUGAUAUUUUUAUUAUUCAAUCUUUAGCUUCAACUAAAAAGAAUAAUGUUAUUGAAAUGAAAAAUUUAAAUGAAGAACCGAAACCAGAAUCAUUAUAAGAAUCUAAUUAAGAAAAUGAUGCAAAAAUUGAAGUUUAUAACUCUGUUACACAAAAACAUUUAAACAAGAUUAAUAAUCAAAAAACAUAACAUUUUGUAGAAGCUUUUGUUUAGGAUAUGUCUUUAAAAUCAUAUAAUUGUGAUCCAAGUUAUUAUGGUCCAAAUAAAGAAGCUCGUUAAUUUGCUUGUUAAUGUUCAUCCAAAAUUUUCUUAUUAGAUGAAGAAUCAUGGUAUUUGGCAGGUACAAUUUAAUUUUAUAAAUAAUAUGAAAAGUUAUUUGAAUAAAUUAAAAAAACAAUUCCAUUAGUUUUUGUUGGAGCAUCUAAAGAUAAAGUAUGUUUUUCAUCAUAAAUGCACUAACCUGUAAUUUUAAAUGAUUUUUUAAGGGAAUUAUUUUUUAAGACUAAAAUUUAAAAUAAAUUCAUCUAAAUUCCUUCAAUUAUAUCUAUGUCUUACAUGUAAUUAGAAUAUUCAGAUAAUUAAAUUCAUAAUUUCAUGAUGGAAGCAGAAUCAAAUGAUGAAAUAAAACUUGCUUAUGGAUUUAAUGUUCGCUAAAUUUUAAUGAAAUUAGCUCAAGAAAACCUUAACAUUUAAUAUGUUGGUUCAUUUUUAGUUCAUUAAUAACAAGUACCAUUUAGAUUAACAAAUUAAUAUGGCUCAUUAAAAAUUGAUACUAUGGAAAUUACUGUACAAUUACCACAAGAUGAAUUAAUUUGUUUAUAAAUAUGUGAAUAGAUAUUAAGUGGUGAUGUUGCAUAAUAAUUAAAAGCUUUUAUUAAUUUUAAAAAAGGUUAAUAUUAAAUAACUGUUAAAGUAUUGAGUUCAAGUGAAAGCUUUGAAAUCUUUUAUAGCUUAAAAAGUUGA